UGGAUAGGUACAUCACUUAGAUUUUUCUGUUACUAUUCUUUGCAAAACAGUUCAUUGCAACAGUUCAUUCAUUAAAUUUCAGAAUUAACAUCAUACUGAGCUCAAUGGAAGCAGCUCAGACCUCAGUCCUAUCGCUUCAAGCUGUUUGUAGGCUGAGGAAGUCACUAAACUAAGUCAUUCGGAGGGUUAUCUCAACAAUCCAAAAGGCUAGAAAAGAUUUUUUUAAAAGCCUGUAAGCAAGUUCUGCAGUGGCAAUAGGAGGAUGGAUUUCACUGGCUGUGGAAUCUCAGAAAACACAGGACCUUGUUUAUAACAUACUUUGUUCCCAGAUAUGGAGAUUAAUAAGUUGUGGUAAGAUACCAAGAUCAUGUAUUUUACUGUGGCGGUUGUCACUGGUUGCUUUGAAAUUUGAAAAAUCUACAUUACCAAACAGUGGGAUAGAAAUUAUCUUACUUGUCUUCCUCCCAUCCUGCCUUCUGGGGGCUCUAACAAAGAGUCUUGUCUUCAUUUUCAGCCCAUGAUGUUCAAGCAAAAAGCUCUAGUGUAUUAUCCGUGUUCUCACUUUUAUGGGUAGAAUUUAAGAUGUUUUCUAUAUACAGCAACAUUUUUCUUUGUGAAAGGAGUUGGGGGUGGCAUUCACUUCCAGCAAGAAAAUAAGUCCUGUCAUCUAAGCAGUGUCCAUGUUGCUCAUUUUGGUUACUCUCUCCUUUCUGGGCCAUGAAAUCGUGGGUUCAGGUUCCACAGCUGGACUUCAGCUUGUAUGUCACACAGAUCAGUACUGUACUAGAAGUUGGGGUGGGCUUUAAGCUAAAGUUUUGACUACUUUGUCUGUGAUAGUUCCAUCUAUUUUGUUAUGAUUUUCAUCACAAAUUGUCAUCAGAAAGUAGGCCAAUUCUUAAUAAAUAGGUCAACUAAUGAAUUCUGUCAUACAUCUUGGGGGAUGUAUGAUGGAUCCUCCUGCUCUUUUCAGUGAAACUGAAGCAAAGUGGUGGUUAUGGAAUUAUUUUUCAAUUUCAGUAACAUUUUCCUUUAUUCGUGGAGUUAUACUUAAGUCUUUGGCUAAAAGAUGCAUCAAAUGAGCACUGCACCCAUAUGUUGCAAGUUUCAGGUUCUCUUCCUUAUCUCUAUGUAUCUUCUCACCUUUGCUGCACUUGCUGCAUUGUCAAUGACAAAGAUAUAUACUUGACUCUUGAAUAUUUGUUCAGUUUGUUAUAGCUUUUACUGCUGCUACUUUAAGUAUUCUGCUGUAUCAAUUGUUUUUGUAAGCUAGACAACACCAUCUCCUAUUGUGACACAAGCACAUAUUACGGGAGCACUGCCACGCAUCAUGACUCAGAUUAAUGAAUUUUCCAUCAGUGUUUUUUGCACACUGUUCAAUUUCCCCCUCAGAAACUUUCUCCAGCAAUGUCUGCUCGGCGGGUGGAGUGUAGCCUUGUGGUAAUGAUUGAACUACGUCAAUGAAAUGUUUGUUCUGAACAAGACAAAAGGGAGAACUUGUUGCACAAAUCAAGGAAUCAAUAUUUUCGUCUAUGGAAUGUUGCUGGAAUUUGCUGGUCCUGACUACAAACUAAUCCACGGUUUUAAUGAGUGAUAAAGACUUUUUUAUAUAUAUACAGAACCUGCCAGGGCUCUUUUGUUCCACCUUUAGGUCUCCACUUCAGCAUGUUUACAUAUACCUUACAGAACCAAUGCACUGUUGCUCAGCAAGACAAAUGGCUACCUGCAACCUAUGGACUCCAGAUAAUUGGAACCUAUGCCCAGACUGAGAUGGGCCACGGAACUCACCUUCGAGGCUUGGAAACUACUGCCACCUAUGACCCCGCUACCCAGGAAUUCAUUCUCAACAGCCCCACUGUGACUUCCAUUAAGUGGUGGCCAGGUGGACUUGGAAAGACCUCAAACCAUGCCAUAGUUCUGGCUCAGCUCUACACCCAGGGCCAAUGCAAAGGGCUGCAUGCCUUCAUUGUACCCAUACGGCAGCUGGGCACCCAUGAGCCCUUGCCAGGUAUUACUGUGGGUGACAUUGGGCCAAAAUUUGGUUAUGAUGAAAUGGAUAAUGGCUACUUAAAAAUGGACAAGUUCCGCAUUCCCCGGGAGAACAUGCUGAUGAAGUACGCCAAGGUUGAACCAGAUGGCACAUACGUGAAACCACUCAGUGACAAGCUGACUUAUGGGACCAUGGUGUUCAUCCGAUCCCUCAUUGUGGGGGAUUCUGCUCGCUCGUUGUCCAGGGCUUGUACCAUUGCCAUCCGCUACAGUUCAGUGAGGCACCAGUCUGAGCUAAAGCCAGGGGAACCGGAGCCCCAGAUCUUGGACUAUCAAACCCAACAAUACAAACUCUUUCCUCUCCUGGCAACUGCCUUUGCCUUUCACUUUGUUGGAGCCUACAUGAAAAAGACCUAUCAGCGCAUCACUGGUGACAUCAACCAGGGAGACCUGAGCGAGCUGCCAGAGCUCCACGCGUUGUCUGCAGGGCUAAAGGCAUUCACUUCAUGGACAGCCAACGCUGGCAUUGAAGAAUGUCGAAUGGCAUGUGGUGGGCAUGGCUACUCUCGUUGCAGUGGCCUUCCUGAUAUCUAUGUUAAUUUCACCCCAUCCUGCACCUACGAGGGAGAAAACACUGUCAUGAUGUUGCAGACUGCUAGGUUCCUGAUCAAAAGUUACACCCAGGUUAGUUCAGGUCACCUGGUUAGUGGCAUGGUGUCUUACCUUAACGACCUCUCAGGGCAACACAUCCAGCCACAGCAGGUGGCUGCUAGGCCUACAACGGUGCACAUCAAUGACCCAGCCAGCUUGAUGGAGGUGUAUAAACUGCGGGCAUCAAGACUUGUUGAAGCGGCAGCAAAGAACUUGAAAGCUGAGCUGAACCGCAGGAAGAGCCAGGAAGAUGCCUGGAACCGAACCUCUGUUGACCUGGUGCGAGCAUCUGAGGCACACUGUCACUAUGUGGUGGUGAAGCUUUUCACAGCACAGCUCUUAGGAAUUAAUGAUGCAGCUGUCCAUGCUGUGAUGAACAAUCUGUGUCUCCUGUAUUCACUCUAUGGAAUCAGUAAGCACACAGGGGAUUUCCUGCAGGCGGGCAUUUUGACAGAUGCACAGGUUACUCAGGUGUACCAGCGUGUGAAGGAGCUUCUGGCUGCAAUCCGUCCCAAUGCUGUAGCACUAGUUGAUGCCUUUGAUUUUCAUGAUGAUCACCUUGGAUCUGUGCUUGGCCGGUAUGAUGGCAACAUCUACGAGAAUAUGUUUGAAUGGGCAAAGAAAUCCCCACUAAACAAAACAGAGGUUCAUGAGUCUUUCCAGAAGCAUCUGAAGCCAAUGCAAGCCAAGCUGUGAAAAUGUUUUUUAAAAACACGCUAUUGUCCAGCUCUCUAAAUUGGAUGUCAUUGCUUUCCAUCAGGCACCUGAAUCAAAUCUUUGAAAUCCCAAUAACUGUAGGACAGUAAAUAAUUGUAGCCUCUCUUUCCAUUUUUAUAUAUUGACAGGGUGGGAUGGGGGAAAUUAGAGAAAUUGUAUAAGAAGGGGUGUGUGUUUUUUUUAAAGUGCAAUUAUAAUCCUUGAGAAAUGUACCUUUUUAAGCAUUGGGGAAAGUUGUACAGAUUCAUGUAAGGCUUCCAUUUGUGAAGCUGCUAACUGCAAAGGUCAUUCAUCUGGAAAGCAUAGUAGGAUUUUACUACUAAGUAGUUAACUGCAUUCAGGCAAUAGCUGCUGACGAACAGCUAUGUCUUGUUAAAAACACUUUUAACUCAGCAACACCCUUCUGCCAACAUGGUGUACCCCUACGUACACACGCAGCUGCUGUCAGAAUCCUCUGCAUCUUGCUAUGCACAGUGACACCUACAUGAACUAGUCAGGAUCAAGGGUUUACACAGGGAGUUGUUGGGUCUUAAUCAAAGCUCUGUGAUAUUCUCCAUUUUAAUCCAUCUUUCUCCCAGUUUCUUAUUACUGUCUCCCUGGGCACAGCACUGUCCUUCCAGCAGGGGUGCCUGAACCUCCUUCCCUGCAGCAGGACCUUCCAGAUGCAGUUUGGAAUUAUAUCCCCUUUUUUUCUCUGGAGCUCAGCCUCAAUCAAAUCAUCCACUGAGCUUUCUCCAUGGUAUUUCAUUCCAUCCUUUCUUUCUUCAACCUGCAAACACCCUCUUUACACCCCCAUAUCCCAUGUCCAUCACUGGCACCCUCCCCUCUUUGAGGCUCUCAGCUAAUAGCAGCUUUGGAGAGAAAAGAGCCAGGAGCAAGUUAAUGGGAGUUCUGCCAUCUUUUUAAUCUUUAGCAUUUCUACAAUACUUCACAUCUGCAAAGCACUUAACAAAUGCUAAUAUAUAAGUGUGGUGUCAAAAGCCAGAUUUGCUGGUGGGAAAUUGCAAACCUGACCAGUUGUGCAACUAGUGCUUGCCAGUAUUUGAAAACAAAAGUUGGCUGGAUUGGGGUCUUUUACCCCCAUUGGUCUUGCUCUGUGAUGUACUGUAUCCAAACGUGUGUUGCAUAGAAACUCUCAGCAGUCUCUCCUAGUGCAGUGGUUCUCAAACUUAUUUGAUCAGGCCCUCCUUUGUGUCUGUAAUUGUUUAUGCGCCCCAGUAUAUAUACCACCAGCCAGCUCUGAAGGCAGAGCAGCGGCUGCUGGCUGGGCACCCAGCUCUGAAGACAAUGCUGUGCCAGCAGCAGCACUGAAGUAAGGGUUGCAAUGCCCCAGUGACACCCUUCUUGCUUCUAUGCUGCUGCUUCAACCCCAGGGCUGACAGCCAGAGCCCUGUCACCUCUAGGUGAGGGUUUGAGCAACAGGGGGAAGGAAAGUCUGAGACCACAUGGUGUGGCUCCAGCUGCCCCCUUUAUUCCUGCCUCUUGUGUGUGCACAGCCCUUCUGUAUGAGCCCCAGCCACCCAGAGCUAACAGCCAGUGCUCUUUUAAAAAAACAAAAACAAAACAAAACAACCUUGACAGAUUCCUGCGCCUCCCUUGGGAAGCCCGCCCCAUAGUUUGAGAACUGCUGUCCUGGUGGAACAUCUGUCAUCUUUUCCCCAUUAACUUCCAAUGAGCUUUCUCUGAAAUGUUUUAAAAUGUCCCUUUUUAGUACUGAAGUGAGACUUACACAAUUGCUUUCUGUAUUAACGGAUUAAAGACUUAGCUUUUAACUAUU